AUUAUAAAAGAAAAAUCUGAUCUUGAGACUGAGAAUUCCAAGCGUAAAGCUGAAAAUACUAAACUUAAAGCUGAAUCCUUAGCUUGUUUAGAAUUACCAGUAAUUCUUGAGGCCCAAAGGAGCACUAGAGGGACAUCUUCUAAUUCACUGCUUAUCAAAGAUCUCUCUGAUAAGAAAUAUA